UGUAAUGGCGUCCGCUCUUUUGACACAACUUUCUCGUUAUAUCGAGUCCGAUGUUGUUUGUAACCAUAGCUGCAUGUUGAAAUCAUUAGGUAGUACAGUGCAUCUAUAAACGGGACCCAUUUGUAAUAAGCAACGCGCUAAUUGACAUCUUCAAGCUGUAUCUGUCAUGGGGACAAGGAUAAGUUACAUUAACACGUGAGACUUAGCAAACAACUCAAUGGCAUUUCCAAUUUAUGAGAACUUGAGAGGCUUUGCCACAAGCCGGCCCCCAAUUAUCAUAUUUAUGAUUUGUCUGGGUUCAUUUGCUGUAGUUUUGCUGACCCUUGCUUACUACAUUAAAGUUAGAGAAAUUACCAACCCUGAUAUAACUGAGGACUGGAACAUGUUCUUAGAGAAUUUAGCUCAUGUAGAAUUUUGUGUGUUAAAUAACUCGAGUGAUUCUUCUCAAAGUGGAACUCAGUCCACCACAGUUGCUGUUCCAACAACACCAACAGUAGAUCUCUCCACACUAGAACUAAACAGCACAGAAUCUGCUGCACCUGGAAUUGUCCCAGAAAAUUAUGUAAAUGUCACAGUAUCUAUGUUAGUAGAAAUAAUCCCAACAUUGGAGUUUCUCAGUAUUCCUCACAAUCUAACACAUCUGACAACUACACUUCCUGGCUACCAACUUGGGCUCUCUGGUGAUGCAGGCAAUAUGGAGAUGCUUGUAACAUUUGAGUUACCUUUUGAAUGGAACACAACCAGCUGCAGUAAUAAUGGUGUGUGCAAUGGUGUUAAGAUAUAUACAUGCAUGACGUUCAGUGCACCACCCAAUUUCUUCCCGCUUACAAGGAAACCCAGUGCCUGUUAUGGAGUGAAUGAAACUGGUGUUGAAUAUCAUGCUCGCAUGAUUGGUCGUAACACUGUCUUAUCUGACAGUUAUGUCUGGUGCCGGAAUAAACCCUUGAUCAAUGUCCGCUACAAUCUUGACCCCACUUUAACUGUGAUGCUGUCACUGCGUGACCGGUCAGUUAUCAACCUACAUUUGAUGCAUACCAGUUAUUUCCUGUUUGUGAUGGUCGUUACUCUCUUCUGCUAUGCUAUUAUUAAAGGACGACCAAGUAAAAGUAAAGGCUUGCAGUAUAAAGAAAAAGUAUUUCUCAAAGCCUAAUAUUCACAGAUUUGCAGCUAUUAGAUGAACAACUUCAGCAAGUCUUUCAAUCUCCACAUUCCACCUCCCCCUCCCCACGUCCCCCUUUCCUUGCUCCUUUGACAACUUAUUACCAGAACUUGUCCCUGCUGCAAUAUGGAACUUAAUACUAGGAAAGGAUUUAACAUGCAAGACAAUAGUAGUGUGUUGGAUACUUGAGGUUUGAUGAGGAGACUUCUUAACAUCAUCACUGUUGUUGUUGUUGUCAUCAUCACCGGAUAAGGACCCAAUGAUGGUGUUUGAUGGCAACAGUGGUUUUAAAUGGUAAAAGCCAGAUUUCUCUUGCAGGACAUGGAUAAUUAAUGCAACUUCUUAAUUCUCUCCUUUCCCUUCUCCUCAACCCACCACCAUCACUGCUUCUUCUUCUACUACUACUACUACUACUAUUGUUGUUGUUGUUGCUAUCUUUGUUGCUACAUAAUGUUGCAUCCAGCCUGAUGUGACUGUAAAGCACUGUCUAUAGUGUGACAUGUUCACUAGAGUAUGUUUGUACUUACACCAGACCAUUAUAUUUUUGGUUGUAGCUUUCCUGUCCUCAGCUGCUCACCUACUCCCCACUUCCAUACAAACACACAAAUUAACUUUCCAAUUUGAUUUUCCCUACCUGUACUCCAUCUUUUCCUUGAUUUCUUUACCAACAUUGUUAUUUUUAUUUGUUAUCUUAUUUUGUCCUCUCUCUCGCCCUCUCUUUCUCUUCCUAUUUUAAUAAACUGUCUUCUCCACCCAUUCACUGACCCCCAACAGCC